CACGCAAAGCAGCAGCGACUAUGGCAGCGAAGGCAGGCAAGAUCUUCUCGGGCGAAGACAGCGAGUCCGAGGAAGAGGAAGAAGAUGAGCCCAUGUGGGUACCGACGAUCGCGCCGAGAGCGCCCGUCCUAGAGAAGGCGCCGGUACCUCCUGCGUCGCCCGCGACCGUGGCCGCCCCGACUAUCGCCACCGACGACGACGCGCCCACCGAGGUUCCAAUCACGCUGACCCAGCCAGCGCCGUCCCCGAUCGAGAUUCCGGCCUCGGCCCAAGCCACACCGCUGGCCUCGCCACUGCAACCUGUGCCGGACGAGCACGAUGUCUGGCGACAAGCUUUGACCAGCCCUUUUACCGAGGUCGACGGCAUGAACAAGAUGAGCUUGGCGGCGGCGAGCAAGCUCCAGAGCGUUUUGGACGGCACGCUCGAGCAGAUCCGCGAGCUCGUCGAAAGCCAAGAGCACUUGCUGAAUGUCGUCUCGGAGCGCAACGGCAAGAUCAUGCGCAACGCCAAGAUCGCGGGUGUCGAGCAGACCAUGUCGCAGGUGCCCAUCUACUUUCAAAAAGUGGUGGCGAUGAAGAGUCGCAUGGGCGACAUCACCGCGUCGAUCGAGCGCAUGAAGAAGCAAGCCGAGUACCUCCAGGUCGAGGCGCAGUCGCGGGCGAUCGCGAAAGAGGACCGUCGCGACAAGAUGUCGCAGUGGAACAAGCUCUUGUCGGCCAAGCCCUCGGACGACCUCCAGCGCAAGAUGGACGAAGGCGCGACGCUCGGUCGUAAUGGUGUGCUCUGGCGGCUCUGGCGACUGGAGUACCUCAUGUAG